GUUUUCAUUUAUGUAGUGGUUGCGGUCGUGCGUCUUGAUGUUUUGGCAAUUCUGAUUGCUUCUCGCAAGACAAAAGCGUUUUUUUGCACAAUUCUAACAAUUUAGGAGUUUACCAGCCGUACAGUGACCACUGUUUCGAAGCUUUCAAUCGACGCCGUUACUGGUUCUGUUUUUGUAUCACAUCCCACGAUGACAGAUUCUCCAUCCCCCGUGAUUGAAAAUUGGAUCAAGAAAGCCCAGGAUCAGGAGAUAUCGGCUCUGGUGAGUGAUUUGAGUCUUGAUAAGGGUAAGGAUGAAAAGACGGAGGCAGUUGGUCAGAAGGUAGAGCCGGAAAUCAAAUCAGGGGAAAAAAGUGACACCGAGAAAACAGCGGCAGAUGGUGUAACAUCCGAAGCGAAAACCGUCAAUGAGAGUCUCGCUUCCACUAAAAAUGACGAACCCGCGCAAUCCGCAGAAGAGGUGGAGGCUUUCAAUCCCGCAGACGCUAGUUUACUGAUGAAAAUCAUUCGAAAAGGUUUGGUGGAAUCGAAGCUAGAUUUGGAGGUGCAGCGGAAGGACCCAACGUCCCCGCUGUAUUCGGUUAAGACCUUCGAAGCGCUCCAUCUGAAGCCCGAGCUUCUGCAGGGUGUUUAUGCGAUGGGUUUCAAUGCGCCUUCCAAAAUUCAGGAGACGGCGCUUCCAACUCUUCUGGCAGAUCCUCCACAGAACAUGAUCGCCCAGAGCCAAUCGGGAACGGGCAAGACUGCCGCCUUCGUGCUGGCAAUGCUAAGUCGUGUGAAUCCCAAUUUGAAUUAUCCGCAGGUGAUUUGUCUGUCGCCUACGUAUGAGCUGGCCAUUCAAACGGGUGAAGUCGCCGCUAAGAUGGCCAAGUUUUGUCCGGAGAUUAAGCUCCGCUAUGCUGUCCGUGGCGAGGAAAUAUCGAAAGGGGCGAAGCUGACCGACCACAUCAUUAUCGGUACGCCUGGCAAGCUGAUGGAUUGGGGGAUCAAAUUUCGGGCGUUUGAUUUGAAGAAGAUCUCCGUUUUCGUGCUGGACGAAGCGGACGUUAUGAUUGCCACCCAAGGCCACCAGGAUCAGUGUAUUCGGAUACACAAACAGCUGAUGCGUUGCCAGAUGAUGUUCUUCUCGGCCACCUACGAGCGGGAGGUAAUGGAAUUCGCGGAGUAUAUCGUUCCUAACCCGAUCGUUAUUCGGUUGGCGCGAGAGCAGGAAUCGCUGGACAAUAUAAAACAGUACUACGUGAAGUGUCGCAAUCAAGACGAGAAAUAUCAAGCGAUUUCAAACAUCUACGGAGUGAUUACCGUUGGACAGGCGAUUAUAUUCUGCCAUACGCGCAAAACUGCCAGUUGGCUAUCCGCCAAAAUGUCAACUGACGACCAUUCUGUGGCGGUUAUAUCUGGUGAUCUGACAGUGGAACAGCGGUUAGCGGUACUUGACAGAUUUCGAGCUGGUCUAGAGAAGGUGUUGAUUACAACGAAUGUGUUAUCCAGAGGUAUUGACGUCGAACAAGUUACCAUUGUCGUGAACUUCGACCUGCCGAUGGAUCAACAUGGUCGAGCCGAUUGUGAGACUUAUCUGCAUAGAAUCGGGCGUACCGGUCGAUUCGGCAAGAACGGAAUCGCUAUCAACCUGGUAGACAGUGAUCGCAGCAUGCAGAUUUGCAGGACUAUCGAGAAUCACUUCCAGAAAAAGAUUCAGCUGCUUGACGCGGAGAAUUCGGAUGAAAUCGAAAAGAUUGGAUCCUAAAAUGUGUGUGUGCGAGCAACAAGGCGAAUCUGCAAAAGCCAUACGCAGAAUCACGCGAAAUUCUACGUUAAAGUUUUAAGCCGUAUUUUGAUUGUUUUUAUUCUCGCCUAGUUAGUGCGCUGUUGGAAUGACGGAUUUGUGCAUUGAGAGUUGUUCCACGAAAACAAAAUUGCGAAAGACAGAGUACCAUGAAUGAAAAAAAGAGCGAACGAUUGAAGCAUAGAAUGUUUGACUGUUUUACUGAACUGUUGCCGACUGUAUUUGAUGUAAGCUAUAGUUCCGUUUUGAAAUAGAUCGACGGACAUUUGGAGGGAGAUGAAACAGGUAGCUUCAAGCAAAACCACUCAUAUAAUCUGAAAUAAUUCCCGAGCAUUUGAUACAUGCUUACAUCUUGACAUCAGUGCUAAAUAAAAGAACAAACGAUUCAACUUUGAAUUUUCGCUCAUAAGCACUACGGUUUGA